AUGGCCCGCCGGACCUACACUCUUAGUGAGUUGAUGGGUUACCGUCCCACCCAAGACCCCGCAGCACCCGCUAUGGCUGUGUCUCGAAACAGUGAUCUUGCCGACAUUUUCCGUCGUCCUGGAAGUGACUCGUCUUCAACCUCUGGCUGUCGGCCAUCUACCUCCUCCAAGGUCAAGGACGAUUCGUCUGUCACUUCUGAUGAGCUUGUCUUUAAGGGCACUGUGAACCGCCGUAUGGGCCGUGAGUUGGGUCGCGAGUUGGCCCGUGAAGCCACUCAGGUACAAAACUCCAUGCGUGCCUCUACCCGAAAGACUCAUCGCAGCGACAAGCGCGAUAUUCCUGACAUCGCAACCGACAAGGCACCACAUUCCUCGCGCUCUCUGGAGUGGAAGUAUCGCGGCAGAAGCGAGGCAGAGUUUGCAACCACUGAGCCUAUUCCUGCCCCAACCGGUAUCCCGGCUCAGAAGGACGAGGGCUUUCAGCGUUUCUACAAGGCCGUGGUGUCUCCCACCCACGUUCGUGUCACCGCUGGUGGCCGGAUCGUACCCAACACUCGCGGUCCCCCGUCGCCCACCACCAAGCGAAGCAGCGACAACUCUGUUAUGGACAAUCAGGUUGCUACCGACAAAGCCUCUGCCAGCCAGAACACACAGGCUGCCCCGCCUCCUGCCAAUACCAGCCAGGCAAUUCCAAUCAUGCCUCAGUUUGUCACCGGGUUUCCCCAGGGCUUCCAACCGAUUCAGACACCCGUGUCAUUCGUGCCCAUGGCAAUGGGCCCUCACAUGCCCCCUCCCGGGUUUAAUUUCCCACAGAAUGCAGCAAACCUGGCUGCUAUGGGCCCGGCCGGUCCCCUGAAGGACACCAAGUCCGCAGAUGGUGAUAAACAAGGCAACGUCAAACCUGCACUGCCCGAGCCCUUCUUCUAUAACGGGCAACUCAUGUAUCCUGUGGCGCCAUACCCCGGGGCUCUUGGAAACCACCCGAUGGUCCCUGUGCAGAUGGUCAGCCUUCCACAUGGUGUCUCUCCUCAGAUCCCCCAGUUUUCUGGGCAGUACAUGCAACCGCACCCGCACCCGCCAUCGCACCCGCAGGCGGCUCAUAGCGCACCGAUCGGUCACGGGUUGCCGUACACGCCCUCUAACCAAAGUCUCUCUGGCAUUCCACCCGUUGAAAACGAUAUUGUUCCAGCUAAUGCCAAUUUCAAUUCGGCCGCGGCGCCGCCGAUCUCUUCAAUCAAGCCCAGCGAUAUCACCAAGAAGCAGAUUGCUUCUUUCAAGCACAACCUCAAGUAUCACGAGGAUCAGCUGCUGUAUAAUCGGCACCAGAUUGACGAAAAGGAGAUGGAGCAGAAAAUCAUGAUUCUCAAGGGCCAUGUCUCCAAAUUCGAGGCCACUCUGCAGACCCAACUUGAGUACGAGGACGCACAUUUCAAGUCCCUUCGAGCGAAUGAGGGUAAACCCCCCUCUCAGCGAUCCAGCAAGGCUGCAGACGAGCACAAAGCUCUGCCACAGCCGCCCGCGCCUAAGAUGCCGUUUGGAUAUGCUGUCCCGGCCACUAAGAGGGCGACGAACGAGGUUAACAACCAGCGCAUCCACCUCGCUCCUUACAACCUCCACCACAAUGGUGGCGCGACCGACCAUCCCAUGGCUAGUGGUCCCAUGGCGCCGCCGGCGUUCCCGGGAGUCAAUGGCUUCCAUCACUCGGCGGGUUUGCCAAAUGGCGCAGCUCUGGCACCAACUUUUCAGCCCCGUGGUGGCUAUGCUUCGACCUGGUCAAGCAGUAGGUAUGCUAGGGAGAUGAAGGCCUAUGAAGAGGCGGAGAAGCGGCUCUCCGGAACGGAGUCUCGUAGCAUGGAUCACCUUCGCGGCGUUAUGACCGACCACCGGUCCGUAUCUCAGCCCUUUUACCCACCCAUGUCGGAGGAAUCGUCCAUCGUCGGCAAACCCGGGUCGUCGGAGGACUCAACCCGCUCGAACACUACCGCCGCCCAGCGCUUGCAAACGCUUGGAGUGCCGUACUUGCUCGGCACACUCCCCAAGGGCCUUGACCCCCGCACCGCCAGAGACCAAGAUUAUGUGUACAAUCGGCCGCUGACGGACGAAGAGCGCCGCGCGCGGUUUUUGUAUUGGGGAAAAGCGCCCAAGUCCGCUCUUCGAGGACUCCCCAAGUUCGAUGGCAAGCAUUUCUACCCGGCCUCGCCCGUUAAGGGCCGCUCCGUCGACCGUGCUAGAGGCGGUCCCAGCCCGCGCACAAGCGAAAGAGACGGCGAUCCAUUUCGAACGGUGACUCCGGUUCCAGCUCAACACUCGGCCGUACAAGCGGUGCCCGGCAGUGAGGACAACUGUACGACUAGCAGGCUAAACAGGGUUGUUUCAUUCGAGUCCCAGAUUGGCGAAGGGGCGGAGGGCAUUUCAGCCUUUAACCACGCGGUGAACGAGGAUCCGAACUCCGCUGAAGCCAACGACGGCAUGGCGGCCAGCGCUAGCAUGAGGCUUUGGAAGGCGAUGUUGAAGAAGGGUCCUACCAGCAGCGCUCUGUCGCCGACCACGGCCCAAGCCCAUUUACCUCAUUACCCUCGCAAUGCUGCGGCUUCCUUGAGCCCAUCUAAGCGCCGGGAGAACUGCCCCCCGGGCGGUGUGAGCUCGCUCGAUGAUCAGUUCAAGCAUCUCGCCGUCGACGUUGCCGCUCGACGGGACUUGACUUCGGGGUUCAACAUGUGA